CUCUUGUUUAAGUGACAACAGAGCGCGGUAACAGCCGACCAAAACCAGCUCGCCCUUCAUGCUUUUGUUGCAAAUAAAUACAUUUGACAUUUUCUCGGUUUGUCGCAGAGCCACCGGAGCGGGCGCGCGCCUGAGUCCUACAGCUGCUGGAUGAUUGUCCGAAGCUAACAGCAGCAAUAUGGCGCACUGGAGCACGUUCGAGAAGGAGACGGAGAAAGAGACGAAGAAGCUGAUCGGAUGUAUCAGUGGGAUCCAAGACGAGGAAGACCAGAACUUCCAAAUGGCGCUGAAGUUCGCCUGGUCAAAUUUCAAGUUUCAUCGGUAUUUGGAUGCUGACAGUCAUAAAAUCAAACGCUCUAUCAAUGGAAUCUAUGAAAAACUGAUGGUUCACUCUGACCUGAGUAAAGCAAGAAGCUGGAGGAGGCUGACUGAAGAGUUCCUGAGCUCACCACUACCCAACACCCAUGGAACGAAGACAGAUACCCACUACAGUGUCCUGUCACUGCUGCUUUUCUUAUCAGAUUCUCCCUCAAACACAAACUUCACUGAGAGACCCAGGGUGAAAGAUACCGAACCAGAAGACAAAUUUGACUGGUCCAAGUAUCUGAUGGAAGGAGAGGAAAUAGAAACUGGGCCGUUUCCAGAUACGCCAGAGGAGUGGUCCGAGGAUGAAAGUGAGGAGGAAGACAGUCAGCAGCCAAUCAGCAGAGAGGACUCCGGGAUCCAGUUAGACAGAACCCCCCAGGAGGACCAGGACACCAACAGCAAGACAGUUCCAGUGACAUGGACAGUGGGUGAACCGGAUGCCCGGGCUUGGCUGGAGCAGCAUGUGGUGACUCCGUACUGGGUCGGUCACGCUCCUCGUUUCCCUCACAGCUUGCACUUGCACUCCAACCUGCUCAACGUUUGGGACCAACACUUAUAUAACACUGAUCCUCUGUAUCUGCCGGAAGAAAAGGCCUUCGUCACCGAGACCCAAGUCAUCCGGGAAACCUUGUGGCUUCUCUCUGGUGUGAAGAAACACUUUAUAUUCCAGCAUCAUGACAGCAAAGUGUCUGUGAGGAGUAAUGUGGUAGUAACUCAUCUGACGAGUAACUGCCUGCGCUCUGUGCUGGAGCACAUCGCCGUGUACGGACAGGCGGUGUUCAGGCUGCAGAGGUUCAUAGACGAGGUGACGGGCCACAGCUCAGAGCCCUUCCCACCGGGCGUAGGUUCAUCCCACAGCUACCGAAAGGGCUCAGAGUCUCCUUUUAGGACCUACCAGGCUUUUGUUUGGGCUCUCAACAAAUACUUCACCAGCUUCAAACAAGAGCUGACCACCAUAGAGAGAGAGGUCAUCAGCAACGAGGAAACGGUGACCCUGUCUGCCGUUCUGGAGCGCCUAAGUCCUCACCUGGCUCAGAUUAAAGUGCUGCACAAAGUCUUCUGCACAGGAGUCGCCGAGGUUCCCCCCGCCACCCCAAACGUUGUGCGAGCCUCUCACCUGCUGAAUACUCUCUAUAAAGCUAUCAUUGAGUAUGACAGCGUCGGAGAUGCCUCCGAGCAAGCGGUGGCUCUGCUGUUCUCUCUGUGGACUGAGACGGUCAGACCAUACCUGGAGAUCGUGGAUGAGUGGAUUGUUCACGGCCAUUUGUUCGACCCUGCAAAGGAGUUCAUCAUCCAGCGAAAUAAGGAUGUCCCAGUAAACCAUAAAGACUUCUGGUACGCCACCUACACCCUGUACAGUGUGUCGGAGAUGGUGGACAAUGAGGAAAAGCUGAACGACGCAGCCAGCGGGAGCUCAGGAGGGGAUCAGGGCUCCAGCAACAGGCAGCUCACCAUGGUGUCCUUCCUUAAACCUGUGCUGAAGCAGAUCAUCAUGGCUGGGAAGUCCAUGCAGCUGCUGAAGAAUCUGGACUGCAGGGAGGCUGAGGAUUCUGGGAGAUCCUCCAGAGAUGCGGAGAGGAAGAGUUUGUACACAUUGUUUCUGGAGUCUGUGCAGUCCCGCCUGAGCAGCCCAGAAGAAUCCCCGACAGACAAAGUGACCGAAGAGCAGGCCACCACCAGGAGUCUGAUCAAGAUGCAGUCCAUUGUCGCGCAGCACCUGGAGAUGGAAGAUGUCCACGACCCGUUGCUAGCCAUCAACUUCGCCAGACUCUACUUGGAGCAGAGAGACUUCCAUGAGCGUUUCUCCGGAGGCGACUUCAUGGUGGACCGCUCCUCUCAGUCGGUCACCUGCCAAACCUUCGAGCUCACCCUGCGCUGCUGCCUUUAUCCCCACAUUGAGAGGAGGUACAUCGAGUGCUGCGGGAACCUCAUGAGGACUUUGAAAAAAGACUACAGGCUGCUAGAAUACCUCCAAGCCAUGAGGAAGUACUUCCUGCUUGAAGCUGGAGACACUAUGUACGAUUUCUACACCGCCAUCUUUGAUAAGGUGCAGGAAAAGGAGAGCUGGCAGCAGCCUUCUUUUCUCAACGUGCUGCUGCAGGAGGCAGUAGGACAGCGCUACCCAGAGGACAGUGGCAGGCUGUCAGUCUUUCUGGAGCCUCUUGACCCAUCCAGGAAGAAACAUCCAGUGAAUAAUUUAGAGGUCCUGACCCUGAGUUACAAGGUACCCUGGCCUGUAGACAUCGUGAUCAGCUCUGAGUGUCAGAAGAUCUACAAUCAAGUCUUCCUUCUCCUGCUGCAGAUUAAAUGGGCUAAAUACAGUCUGGAUACGCUUCGGUUCGGUGAUUUUGCAGAAGUCACAAGGAAACUGGAAGGAUCUCCUGCAGAGGAAGUGAAGCAGCCGAUAAGCCAGCAGAUUCACAGGAUGUGUCUUCUGCGAGUGAAACUGAUGCAUUUUGUCAACAGCCUCCACAACUACAUCAUGACCAGGAUUCUGCACAGCACUGGACUGGAGUUUCAGAACCAAGUACAGGAAGCAAAAGACCUGGACCAGCUGAUCAAGAUCCACUACAGAUACCUGGCAACUAUCCAUGACCGCUGUCUGUUAAGAGAAAAGGUCAGCUUCGUGAAAGAGGCGAUAAUGAAGGUUCUCAAUCUGGUGCUCAUCUUCUCAGACCGAUGGAGAGCUGGAUUUGGAGCUUGGAAGAUCGAGUCUAUUGAUAAGAUGGAGUUGGAUUUCAAAAACUGCCACAUGUUCCUGGUGACGAUACUUAAUAAGGCUGUUCGUCGGGGCUCAUUUCCUCAUCUGGAGUCUCUGGCCCUGUCUCUGAAGGCCGGAUAUGAGCAGUGCUGAUAAUUCGUUUCAUUCUUCCAUCACUUUGACUGUUUUCACUACAGUAAGCAGUGACAUGGAGGCUGCCAUCUUCUCUUUGUGGAUCAGUAACUUAUAUCAAGUUUUGGCAGCCAAAACAUGAACAGCUGUAUUUAUUUCAUGAGAUGCGUGUUUUUGUUGUUGUUUUUUUUAAUAAAAGCAAAUAGUCAUGUUGAUUGUAAAUAAUGUUAUUGUACUGUACAUAUCUGUAAGCACAAAUAAAAUGUCAGUGAUGUUUGAUUACUAAAAA